AUGAAAACGACCCCGCCUCACCAGAGCUUUGCUCUGUACGUACCUGACUCUGUUACUGCUAACAGUGUUGCGGUUGUCUCAGUCGGUGGGCUGCUAGCAUAUUUACUCUCUGUUGUGGUGUACCGACUCCUAAUACACCCAUACGCCAAAUACCCAGGACCUAUAAUUUCUAGACUGAGCGGUCUUCCGGUCAUUUAUUAUGCAUGGCGUGGUGAUUUUCACCAUUACAUGUAUCGUUUACAUGACCAAUAUGGCGAAAUAGUGCGUUACUCGCCCAACAAACUGUCGAUCAAUAGAGUCGAGGCUCUCAAUGAUAUAUACGGGUUUAACAAGAAUGUGUCGAAACCGGAAGAGUUCUACGCGGCCUUUCGGGUCAACAAGCAUGCUCGGAACGUCUUCAACACAGCAGAUAAAGAAGAGCACCGCAGAAAGCGUCGAAUUAUGGGUAAGGCAUUCGGCACUAAGGCUCUACCGAACUACGCACCAUUCAUAUCGUCCAAAGUGGCCGAAUUAUCCGUCAAGAUGAAUGGCGGACAAGCUCCGCAUUUUGCCGACGGGCAGUGGAGAACCUUCAACAUGGCAGACGAGAUCAACUAUCUUAUGCUUGACAUCAUGGGUGGUCUCUGCUUCGGAGAGCCGUUUGGCUUCAUCGCUGGGAAGGGCGUGGAGAUGAUGGCUAAUGUGCAUGCACGAGCGGUUCGGAUCUAUAUGGUCGGCCAAGAGCCUCUACUCAAGAAAUUGUCUCUUGACAGAGUGUUUUUUCCACAUCUCUUCAAGGCAACCCAUGCACUUGGCGAAUACACACGACAUUAUACCGAAAAGCGUAUCAAAGACCGCGAUAAUCUCGAAAACGAUAAGGAAGCUGUUGAGGAGCGGGGUUAUGAAGACAUUCUUGCUCAUCUCAUCAACAACAAAGACGAUGAGACCGGAACGUUGUAUAGCCAGAACGAACUUCUUGGCGAGGCGACUCUGCUCAUGAUGGCCGGAUCGGAUACCUCUACGACGGCCAUCAACACGGCUAUUUUCUAUCUAGCCAACCACCCACGCGUACGCCGCAAACUCGACGACGAACUGGUCAAGUGCUUCCCGCGCCUCGAAGACAUCCACCCCAACACAGCCGAGAACUGCAAAUACCUGCGCGCCUGCCUCGACGAAUCCAUGCGCCUCUGUCCCUCGGUACCGUCGAGCAUCCCGCGUGUAGUAGACGCGGGCGGGAUCCAAGUGACGGGAGAGCAGAUCCCCGCGGGCAUGUGGGUGUCGGUGCCGCAUUUCACCAUCUUCCGCAACGCCAAGUACUUUGUGCAACCGCACGACUACAUCCCGGAACGUUGGAUCGCGGACGGCAAGACUGGGUACAGUGCCGAGGAUGUCAAGCUGGCAACGACAGCCUUUCAGCCCUUCUCGAUCGGCCCGCGGCACUGCAUCGCCAGGAAUCUGGCGAUGCGCGAGAUGACGUUUGUGCUCGCGCGCAUCUUUUAUCAGUUUGAGGUGGAGCCUAUUGAUGGGCCUGGGAGUGGCCGGUGGACGGGGAAUUUGCCGGGUAUUGAUACGAGAAAUGGGCACUUCAUCCAUGAGCAGCGUGACGUGUUUACCUCGCUCGAGGAGGGCCCGAUGGUGAGGAUUAGGGUCAAGGAGGGAUUGGAGAAGCGCUCGUGA